CCCCCAGCCUCGUCCACUUCUCAUCCAGAUAACGAGAGAUGCACAACCGUCCUGUCUGCAGGAGCAAACUGUGAUUUUACAGAGGGCUUUCUGAAAUAUCUUUAUCAUGAUUUUUCAAGCACUUUUUGAGUUCAUGGACUUUACUGGCUUGCUGUUGUUCAGUUUUGUAGUGUUACUUUUGACUGAUGUAUUUAGAAACUGGAGGCCACACAGCUUUCCACCUGGACCCUGGGCUAUGCCUUUUCUAGGAAAUGUCUUCACUGGAGUUGACUUCAAAACAAUGGAGAAGCUUGCUCGGGUGUACGGCCCAGUGUUCAGCUUGAGGAGAGGCAGUGAGAGGAUGGUGUUUAUUUCAGGAUACAAGAUGGUCAAAGAGGCUCUUGUUAACCAGCUGGACAGCUUUGUUGAUCGACCUGUUGUCCCUCUCUUCCAUGUUGUCUACAAGGGCCUUGGCAUCGCUUUGAGCAAUGGUUACCUGUGGAAGAAGCAGAGGAAGUUUGCCAACACUCACCUGCGUUACUUUGGAGAGGGCCAGAAGUCACUGGAAAAGUACAUUGAAGUGGAAAGCAACUUCCUUUGUGAAGCUUUCAAAGAGGAACAAGGAAGACCAUUCGACCCCCACUACAUUUUAACGAAUGGAGUGAGUAACAUCAUCUCCUCUGUGGUCUUUGGACAUCGCUUUGAAUACAGUGAUCAAAGCUUUCGCAAGCUUCUGGAGUUGGACAAUGAGGCCAUUAUGCUCGCCGGCUCUGCUCAGACUCAGCUGUACGACGUCUUCCCUGGCUUGCUGAAGUACCUGCCAGGACCUCACCAGACUGUCCACGCCAACUACAAGGAGAUCAUGACUUUCCUGAAAAAGGAAAUAGAGAAGCACCAGGAGGAGUGGAACCCCGAUGACCCUCGAGAUUAUAUCGAUGUAUACCUGGCAGAGAUGGAUAAGAAAAAGGAGGAUCCCCAGGCUGGCUUCAACGUGGAAACCCUGCAGGUUUGCACCCUCGACCUGAUUGAGGCUGGGACAGAAACGACUGCCACCACUUUACGAUGGGCCCUCGUAUACAUGAUGCACUAUCCUGAGAUACAGGAGAAGGUCCAGGCAGAGAUAGACAGAGUGAUCGGACAAUCUCGUCAGCCCACCCUGGCCGACAGACCCAACCUGCCUUACACUGACGCUGUCAUCCAUGAGACUCAAAGGAUGGGAAAUAUUGUUCCCAUGGGAUUCCCCAAAAUGGCCAGUAAAGACACUACACUAGGAGGAUACUUCAUACCUAAAGGCACAGCUAUUAGUACAAUCCUUGCAUCUGUGCUGUUUGAUAAGAAUGAGUGGGUGACUCCAGAUGUCUUCAGUCCAGAGCAUUUCUUGGAUUCAGAGGGCCAGUUCCGCAGAAGAGACGCAUUCUUACCAUUUUCAACAGGUAAACGUGCGUGUUUGGGGGAGCACCUGGCCAAAAUGGAGCUUUUCCUUUUAUUUACAUCUUUCCUCCAGCACUUCACCUUCUCUCCUGUUCCUGGAGAAAUGCCCAGCUUAAAAGGUGUGCUAGGCUUCACCCAUUCCCCCGAGAAGUUUAGGAUGCUAGCUGUGCCUCGCUGAUUUUCCCCACAAAACAAAAAAUAACCACCCCGAAACAAACAGACGCACAAAAAAGACCAUAUGAAAAAUUAAGAAAAAGUACAAAUAAAGAAGAAGAAGGAUAUUUGCAAGUUGUACAUCAAAGGCACAUGGCUUAUUGUUUCAAGCACAGACAGCAGGCCCAGUUGCCUUUGAUUUGGUUCUUACAGGUAAUUAAAGCACCUGUACUCCCGCCGGUCCUCCCACAGAUGUGUUUACAAUUAUUUUGCAUGUGUAGACCUCUUCUAAAGAUUGUGUGUGUCUACAAUAAAAAUUGUUUAACAUUU